UUUCAAAAUUUCUAUAAGUAUUGUAUAUAUUAUGUAUUAAUUUUUAUAAUUUAAAGUAUUGUUAAGACUUAUAUUUGUACCAUGUCAUUGCAAUGUGCCUGUUCUGUAGAAUGGUUUAACGCUCAAGGUAUUGUUUUAAAACGUUUCAAAUCAUCGUCAAGUACUCUAUUAAUGACUAGAAAUGAUUUCCGAGACAUUUUCAUUGAUUUAACUGCCGAUAAGAGCGUAGUGCAUCGGUUUCUAUUGAAAGAUAUUGCUGUGCACAAACGUUUCGCCAGUGAUGGUAAAGCCACAAUUAAUUUUAAGUCGGACAAGGCUAUGUUGAUGAUAUCAAAUGCUCCUGUUUCUCAACUGGCAGAUUUUUUAAAAACGCUUUUUAUUAAAGUGACAGCACAUAAAGAUUCGCCUCAGGUAAAAAUCAGAGAACGCCUCUUUGCUGUUAAAAGAAGUGAGACUGAAGAAAUCAGCCCCAUAAAUUUAAAGGAUGUUGGACGUGUUGAUAAAAAAUUAGAAGGUCCGAGUACUAAAAAAAAAAAACUGAAUAAUGAAUUGGUAAAUCAUGAUGUCAAAAAUGGUUAUUUGAUUAAUUUUAGAGAUAAGCUCACUAAUGAACAGAAAGAAAUAGUAGAUGCUAUUAAUGCUAAUUAUAAUAUAUUUUUUACUGGUAGUGCUGGAACAGGUAAAUCAUUUUUAUUACGUUACAUAGUAAAGACUUUACCACCUGAUGUUACAAUGGUAACCGCGAGUACUGGAGCAUCAGCUUGUCUUAUUGGUGGAGUUACAUUACAUUCUUUUGCUGGUAUUGGUAUUGGAGAAUGCACUAUUGAACGAGGUAUUGAAAUGGCAUCCAAACCACAAGUUGCACAAAUUUGGCGUAGAUGUAAAACAUUAAUUAUUGAUGAAAUAUCCAUGGUAGAUGGGGAAUACUUUGAAAAACUCGAUAAAAUAGCAAAAGCUGUUCGUAAACGAGAUGAACCAUUUGGUGGUAUUAAAUUAGUAUUAUGUGGCGAUUUUUUACAAUUACCUCCUAUAAAACAAGGAAAACCUAGAUUCUGCUUCCAAACUGCUACAUGGGUUCAAUGUAAUUUUCGUUGUUUCAAUUUAAAGUUUGUUCAUAGACAGUCUGACAGUGAAUUCAUAAAAAUUUUAAAUGACUUACGAAUAGGAAAAAUAGAACCUGAUACAGCAAUAAAAUUAAAAGCCACAGCAUUUAAUUUAAUGGAACAAAAUGGUAUUGCACCUACACGUCUUUGUUGUCGGACUGCUGAUGCUCAAAUGAUUAAUCAGAAAAAGUUAUUUGAGUUGCCAGAUAAAGAAUAUAAAUUUCAAGCAUUUGAUAGUGGUCCAACCAAAACAUUAGAUGAACAUACUCCUGUAGAAAAAUAUUUUGUUCUAAAGUCUGGUGCUCAAGUAAUGUUAUUAAAAAACAUAAGUAUAUCUUCAGGACUAGUAAAUGGUGCUAGAGGAGUAGUCAAAAGUUUUGAUAAAAAUGGGUUUCCAAUUGUUCAAUUUAAAUGUGGCAACUUGGUUCCUAUUAAACCUGAAAAGUGGAUAGUCAAAACUCCUAGUGGACAAUUUAUUUCAAGGCAACAAGUACCUUUAAAACUAGCUUGGGCAUUUUCUAUUCAUAAAUCACAGGGUUUAACUCUAGAUUGCGUUGAAAUUUCUUUGGGACGAGUGUUUGAAGCUGGGCAAGCUUAUGUUGCAUUGUCUAGAGCUAAAAGUUUAGAAUCUUUAAGAAUUUUAGAUUUUGAUAAGAAACAUGUUUGGGCGAAUCCUGAUGUUAUAGCAUUUUAUAAUAAAUUAGAUAGGAUGGUUAAAUCUGACAAAAUAUAUGCUUUAGGAAAACAAUAGUUUGAAUUAAUUUAGAGUACAUAUGUAGUUAACAAUUUCAGUUAAAUGUACCAGAUAAGUCAUGUAUUUGUGUAAUUGAUUACAAAAUUAAACAUAAAGUAUUUUGAAUUUAAUAUUAAUUACUUACAUUUUGAAAGUCCAUGUGAUAACUAA